GUAAAUAGUAAUGAACGUUCAGUCGCCGCUACAAAUAGGCACAUGUAAUAAUACGAACGCCAGAUCCUACUACUCGACAUUGAUUCAUCCAUGAUGUCGACCUGUCUUUCACAUUCGCAGUUGUUCGAUGAUUCAACUACUCGUAUCGAUGUUUUUCGAAUCGCGAACCCAACUGGCAUGGAAUUACUGGAUGCCUAUAUAGAACUCAUUGCAAUUGACAAGGCCCUUCUAUCGUUUUUGCUGAAAGGUCGAGUCUCUCUUGGUGAUCUUUGGAAAAUCGUCGGGGAACGCACCAUAGAAGUUCAACAGGAGACAACAUUCCGACAACACCAGAGCCAAUGCGUUGACGGAUUCAAGGGGAAAAGUCACGUGAUGGUAGAGCAACUUCUCAUGGAGAAGAAGAAGAAACGAUGUCAGAUGGAGGUGUCUUUGUAUAGUCAGGCCCUCGGACACUUGCAGCAGCACCGGAUGCCAGUCCAUUGUUCUGAACGUCCAGUGACUCAGCAGGAUGUCAGACCUCCUUCAACAAUCUCAAGAAGUGCUGUAGCCCGCUCUCCUUUAGGCUGUCCAACAGCGACGCAAGAUAAAUGCGAAGCUUGGUUAAACAGACAGCAUUGCCCUUUUUUGAAGGAAUUUACUUCCUCGAUGCCUGAACCCGCUACUACACAUGAAGCUAAACGAACAUCUGUCAUUUUGAACUGUGUCGGCUCAUCAUUGCCCAUGUUGAGCACAUGGGUAGCUACUGGCAUCCAAGAAGCCUUCUACGAUGCAUUUCAUGCAGAACAUACAUGCCAGGCAGGACUAACGUCACAUUCUCUUACUGUCGAUGGCGAACAUCAGCGCAAUAUUGGGUUGGAGCUACUUAUCUUGCAGGCAAAGAUGCGCCGCGCUCAAGCUGAGAUAGAUCUCUACACAGCGGCCAUUGAAAAUGCCCGCGAAUUUGACUUCUCUGCCACUAACAAACCAUCGUUUUCCGGUGGACAUAUUCCACCACCUCAACCAGACGAAAUGUGUUACUACGAGGAGGACCGCGACACCGUGACGGACGAUUUCGAUGAUUUCGAAUUUGAGUAAUCUCAUGAGUCACCCCGCCUGUCGCCUUGGUCGUCGCAACUUGCGAUGGUUGGUUUUGGUCUACAUUUUUAUUUAAUUUUUGCAGUCGUUGCUACCAGUAGUUGUACGGAGUAUAUCAAGCAGUAUGUGUAUAUUAUCAUGAUGUUCGGGCGAUGGGGGGACGUGAAUUCAAGUUGACCCGGC